GACAAGCUUGAAUCCUUGUAUGCAUCAAAAACAGGGAAUAACAAGCUGUAUUUGCUCAGGCAAGCUAUGAAUCUGAGAUUCAAGGAAGGUUCUUCUAUUUCUGACCACUUGAAUGAUUUUCAAGGGUGUUUUGAUCAGUUGUCAAACAUGGGCGUAAAGUUCGAGGAUGAGAUUUUGGGACUUUGGUUGCUGAAUACUUUGCCUGAUUCUUGGGAAAAUCUUCGUGUGUCUUUGAUUAGUUCUGCUCCCGGUGGUACAGUAAAUAUGGAGUAUGUCAAAGCUGCCGUUCUGAAUGAAGAAGUGAGACGUAGAACUCAUGAGACAUCUACUUCAAAAUCUGAUGUCUUGGUUACUGAAAAUAGGGGGAGAAGCAAAGACAAAGAUCAUGGAGAAUUAAAAAGGGGCAAGAGCAGGAGCAAGUCCAGAUCUAAAUACAAAAAUGUUGAGUGCCAUUAUUGUCAUAAAAAGGGGCAUUUAAUGAAAAAUUGCUUCAAGCUGAAGAACAAAGACAAGAACAAGCCAGAAGGGAAAGAUGGUGAAAAUGAUCGUCAUGUUGCAGCCACGACUUCAGGUGAUCUGAUAGUUGUUUCUGAUAACGACUUGAUUAAUGUUGCCUCUGAUGAAUCAAGUUGGGUUAUCGAUAGUGGUGCCGCUUUCCAUGUGACGUCAAGGAAAGAUUUCUUCACAUCUUAUACUCCAGGUGAUUAUGGGGUAUUGAAGAUGGGUAAUGAUGGUCGUUCACAGGUUGUUGGCAUUGGAGUUGUUGUCCUGGAAACCAAAACUGGGAUGAAGUUAGUGUUGAAGAAUGUCAGACAUGCAUCAGAUAUUCUCUUGAAUCUGAUAUCUACUAGUGUUUUGGAUGAUGAAGGUUAUGUGAGUACCUUUGGUGAUGGACAAUGCAAACUCACUAAGGGUUCUCUUAUUGUGGCUCGUGGGAAGAAGUGUUCAAGUUUAUACUGGACCAGUGCUUCAGUCUCUGCUGAUUCUGUCAAUGCAGUCGAGAGUGAUAGUUCUUUAGAAUUAUGGCAUAGAAGACUCAGUCACAUCAGCGAGAAGGGUCUUGAUUGUUUAGCGAAGAAGAAUGUUCUGUCAGGAGUGAAGGAUGCACAUUUAAAAAGAAGAGAUGUGCUUGAUCUCAAGUUAUUGGAGUUUGAAAAGAUUCACACAGAUGAUAAUGGUUCUGAUAUGAUGACUAAGGCUUUGCCAAAGGGGAAGUUUGAAACUUGUUGUUUGAUUGCCGGUUUGGCAACCACCUCCACAUAGUCGGGAGGGGGGAGAUUUGUUGGGUUUGGGCUCCCAACUAUGUGUCACCUUUAAUUAAAAGGCCCAAAUAUUUUUGGAGGAUAAGUCCUCAAUACAUUUUUGUCCACAUAUUUUGAGAGAAAAGUUUGGCAGCUGUCCAGUACACACCACGCAAGGGAGAAAAACAGCCGCAAGAAAAGGGUGAAAAACAGCAGAUAGCCGCUGCCAUUUUUCUACAGAACGCAGGUCUGGUUUUUUGGUCGAUCGGAGGUCCAAAUCUUGUCCGAUCGAGCUGAAAUUUUAGGAGGAGUCUAAGGACUUGUGGAGCUUCAAUCUGAACGGUGGAGAUCGAAUUUCAACGGUUCAAUCUCAAGUUAUAAGCUUCGCACCAGCUGCAGUUUUUUGGUGAUUUCUUGCACUAUUGUUCAUCUAUUUUGAUUCUAGUGCCUUCGUAGUGUUGUUAAGGGCUAGAUAUCAUUGUGGUGCUGUUAUAUUGUGCAUUUGUACUCUCAAUUUGGUGGUAGUGGAGUUGGUUGGACCGAAGGGUCUCGUGGUUUUUUUACUCUUUCACAUUGAAAGGGUUUUCCAUGUUAAAAUCUCGUGCCUCAUAUUGCUUUAUUUUUCGUGUUUGGAUUAUCUUGUUGCUUGGUGUUCUUUGGUGUGUUUGUUUGCUGCUCCUCACAGAUUCAUUCAAGAGGGAAAGGUGUUGAUCUUGGGCACUACACAAUCAUUUAUGUUCUUGCUUUCCCAACAAGCGUCCCGCGGGAGUCAUCGGCGGUGCGCAUCGGGGUUCGGCUGCUGGAUUUUGCCGGUGUUGGUCGCCACGACAACGGACUGCUUGCCGGAACGAGGGAGUGAACGGAGCAGCAACAGAUCUGGAGCUAUCACCCAUUGACUGGAGCUGUCGUUGCUCGCUGCGCAGAGGCAGGAUGCCGCGUAGCUCUUGGUCGUCACGUCCGGUACGGUCAUCGCCGGUGGAUCGUUGCCGGCUAGAGCAAGAGGCGGCUGCCUGUCGGCGGUCAUCAAUUGGUUCCUGGGACAACGAAUCUGCGCUAGAUCUACGGCGAGGCUCUCCCGUCGUGCUUUGAAGCUGGCUGUGGUCUCCGUGUGCCAAUGGCAGAGCUGGUCGGUGAUGGGUGGGGAAUCCAAGACCAGUGACCGAAUCCAAGAAUUGGAAGCACCAUUUUGUUGUUUUUUUUUGUUUUGGAGCAUGUUUUAUAUGUCUCACACUCUCAAUGAAAACAAGGAUUAUGGAAUUCAUUGGUUCAAAAGGUGGAAUCACCCACCCAGGCGCCCCCAAUUAUGGAAUUCAUGG